AUCAGAUACUUGCCUUUUUGGACUGUGAAAUUUCUAUGAAGACCAUUGAAAAUGACUUGGGCACAAAUUUAAUAGAAAUGGCGUUGUCAAAUGACUAUUCAUCUCAGGAAACUGUUGUUGAAAACGUUAAACUGCUGAUAUCAAAAGGUGCUGAUCUAAAGGACCCAAGAAUUGGUUCAGUGUUGAUUGAGGCCUUGCUAAAGAAGAACCACAGAAUAGCAGAUUUUCUAAUCGAAAAUGGGAUCAAUCUGAAUUAUAAGGACGGAAGUGGAAACACGGUUUUACAUGUCCUAUGUGAUUCGCACAUCAAUGAAACAACUUUAGCACUAGGCAAAAAGUUAUUGACUGCAAUGUGUAAAGUCAACGAAGUAAACAUUGCUGGUGAAACGCCAUUACUAAUGCUACUGAGGGGAAGUACUUGGUAUUACCACAAUCCAGAGAAAGAUGACCUCAUUAAAUGUCUCCUUGACAAUGGAGCUGAUGUGAAUGUCAAGUGUCCCAAAGAUAAAAAAUCGACACUGCGUUUUGCAAUCGAGUGCCAGUACACGGAGUUAACAAAAUUAUUAUUAAAUGCUGGAUAUGACGUCAACAAAAGGGAGGCCGGUGGAGAACUGCCAAUCUUUUAUUGCUUCCCAUUAGAUACUUCUAAGAAUACAGAACUGUUUGAGUUGAUUUUGGAGGCAGAAACCUUUCCUAAUUGUGUCGAUAGUAAAGGCACUAGUCUUUUAGAGAGGGUUUUCCAGACAUUGAUCACUGAACGGAAACAUGUAGGAAAUGACUUCUUUGCACGUGUUGAGUUACCGAAGACGAAAUUCAAAAUACACGAUGAAAUAAAACCAUUGUUUAGUCUAUUGUUAAGCAAGAAUGCCAAUCCAAACACAGCGAAAGAAGGUGAAGACUCGUUGCUCAUGAAGGCGAUUACAUAUGAAGCUGAAGAAAUCGUCCUUCUGCUAAUCAAAGCUGGAGCUAGCAUGACUCAUAUUGGAGAAAAUAUCUCUUCACCACUAGAUGUAUGUUGUAGGUUGUCAGAAAAAAUAGACAUCAAAGGAUCCCAGGAACCAAGUCUCAGGAUGAAGGAUGAAGGAUUGCGAAUACUCAAUAUUUUAUUGGACAACAAUUUGCCCUUAGGUAAUCCUAACUCGAUUGGAAAAUAUCCUUUAGACAUUGUAAUGGGAUUUGAUAAUACGGAGACUGAAAUUCAGAAAAUGCUGUCUAUGGGUGCAGAUCCAAACAAGUACGACAAAAAUGAAGAGUGUCCCCUGCUAAAAUCAGUUUAUGGAAGUCCUUCAGUGACAUUGGAUUUAUUAAAAGCUGGGGCAGAUCCACAAACGACAUCAAAAGAUGGAAGAAGUGUAUACGAUUUAUUUACUGAAAGAAUAUUUUACGACGACAGUCUAUCUUGUCUUGAUGAUGGAUGCGCUGCAGAAAUUCAAAUGAGAGCUCUCGCAAGAAAUGAACCUUCCAUCUUAAUGAUAGAAGACACCUUUUACGAUUGCACAACAGGAAGCAUGAUAAAAUCAUUUCUUAAAAAACUUAAUAAAAGGCCAGCCAUUAAAUUAUGUGGGAAGACAAUGUAUGUUACUUACGAAGAUAGUGUUUCAUGCUGGAAAACAGUUAAAUGGCUCGAAAAAUUUAUAGAGACAGGGGACGUUAGAAUUGACGCCAAAGAGGAUCAAAAUCAUUGGUUGAAUAUAAAGCAGAAAUUAAACAGGCGAAAGUGA